GGGACGCUUCUUCAACAACAACAGCUCGUCAGACACCUCGGUAGCUUUCUAGCAAACAUAGCUACAACAUUCACAGCUUUACACUGUUUUGGUGUAUAUUAGUCGCUGUGUAUUAAACACACUUCUGUCGUAUGUACUUGUUAGCCCAUUUAAUUAUAUAUUCACGUUGUUUGUCAGCUAGCUGGUUUGCUAAGUUAGCUUAGAACUAAGCUAGUCGCUAAUGCUAGCUAGCUAACAUCUCCGACCAUGAGUUCACUAAGCUACUCUCCUCCUACUAAAGAAGAGGCCUGCUGGAUGGAGAAAGAAGCUCUCGUUAAAGAGGAAGAGAAAGAUGUUACAAUACAAAAACAAGUAGAGACUGUUACCGUGAAAGAAGAAGAGAAAGACGUUACAGUGAAAGAAGAGGAAGACGCGUUCAGAGUGAAAGAGGAGGAGAAUGUUACAAUAAAAGAAGAGGAGGAAGAGAAAGAGGAGAGAGGUUUUUGGAGUGAAAGAGGAGGCAGGGGAGAUGACUGUCACAUUGAAAAAGGAGGUGGAAGAAGAGGAGGUUGGAGAUCUGUUUAACACCAGAGAGAUACUUCACUAUUGUGGAUCAUCUGGGGAGCCUCAACAAUUUCAAGAUGCUGAAGAGGCAGAGAAGAGUCUCUCCAGAUCAGAACACCUCAAUAAACACCAGCGGAGACCCACAGGGAGGAGAACUCACUGCCGCUCUGACUGUGGGAAGAGAUUCACCUCAUCAGGCAUUAAAAUUCAUCAGAGAACACACACAGGAGAGAAACCUUAUAGCUGUGAUCAAUGUGGGAAGAGUUUUGGUCGAUCUAGCCAUCUGACUCAACACCAGAGAAUACACACAGGAGAUAAAUCUUAUAGCUGUGGUCAAUGUGGGAAGAGUUUUGGUCAAUCUUGCCAUCUGACUAGACACAAGAGAACACACACAGGAGAGAAACCUUAUAGCUGUGAUCAAUGUGGGAAGAGUUUUCGUCAAGCUGGAGAUCUGACAGUGCACCAGAGAACACACACAGGAGAGAAACCUUAUAGCUGUGGUCAAUGUGGGAAGAGUUUUGGUCAUUCUGCCAAUCUGGUAUCACACCAGAGAACACACACAGGAGAGAAAGCUCAUACCUGUGAUCAAUGUGACAAGAGAUACUCUGUUAAAAGACAUCUGAUCAAACAUCAGAAAAUACAUGAAGCAGUUGUUUCAUGAUAUCAAUGAAUUAAUGUCACAAUGUAGAAUGUUUUUAACAAUGUAGAAGGAGUAUUUUAAGGAAUUACACAAUAUAGAACCCUAAACGUUUGCCCCAUUCAAUUGAUUUCAGCCUUAGUAAAAAUCCAGGCUCUUGAAAGAGUACUAUUUAUGUGAUUUAACAAAAAAGUGACUAACACAAAAAGAGCUGUGUUACACUUACCAUGUUGGUGAACCAUUUGAAUCAAAAUGCAACACUUCAAAAUGUGGCGAGCGAUCUGUUUCCUACAAAUUGUCCUCUAUCCAGGGAUGUACACAUUACUCCCACAUUCCGUGUGGUUUUUGAGCUGUUAGUUUUAACAGGAUGUGCAACCUCAUCUCCCUCCUGUCACACAAUUGAUUUCAACAUGAUAUCGUUGAGUGAUGACAAAUAAGUGUUGCGUUCCUUUGUUUUGCAACCCCUAAAUUUAAAUGCAUCACUCCAAAAUGUAGCUGACUGUCUUCUGCAGGUUGUCCUCUAACCAGUGAGCUAAAAGAUAUCUCCCAUUUCCAUGUGUUUUUUGUUGUUGUUAGUUUCAACAGCACGAACAACCUGAUUUCCCCCCUAAUCGAUAUCAGUGAUUUUUUGCUACUUGUCAAAACAACAGCGUUUCUGGUGCUUGUGCAGUUUAUAAGGAGCUUGUUUAUAUAAAUACAAGUAAUAUGAUUAUUGUGGCAGAUGUUUGUGUAUUUAGCACAUUUUACGUUUAGGUUUUCAAUUUAUCACAAACUGUUUCUGCAUUUGGACUAUUGAUUUGGACACGUUUAAACUGUGACAUUGGGGAUAUCCCACCAAGCAAACUGUCGACAUUGGGGAUAUCCCACCUAGCAAAAUGUCAUUGAAAAUCAGACUAUGCCCGACGUACAAUAUAAGUUUGGUUUUAGUUGAAAGUUGAAAAUAUAUAUUUUUUUAAAUUUCAACAUACUUGCAGCCUAUACACAUGGACGCUGUAUAAUAAAUAGGUCUAUAAUCAAUUUUAUUAACAAUCCUAAUAAAUUGAGUCAUAAAUAUAAAAUAUAUUUGUUGUCUGUUGUGUUACAGACUUUGGUUUUUCCAUUUAUGUUUUGAGGUCGGACUUUAGAACGUCGGAAUUUAGGAUGUCUAGCUCAUUAGCUCGUAGGACGCACUGAUUGGUGUCACCGCGUUAGUCACUAUGUGUUACACUUGUGCUGGCUUGUCCAUCUCGUUAGUGGGAAGGUGUUUCACCUGAGCUGGUCCAGGUUCUAUUUAAGAGUGUCUGGCCCAGUGCUCCAGUGGUCUUGAUAGAUGUGGAGAGUCAACACCUUUAGUUGCUCCACCUUUUUGGUUUGCUUCCUGUCUGUGAGUUUUUCUUUUGUUUGCCUCUUCUUUGGCAAAUUUAGUGGGUCUCAUGGUGGGUGUCUUUUAGGUCCCAGUUGUUGUUACUAGUCAAUUUUCAUUGGACACCCCCCAUAGUGUCUUUCAGAACCCCUCCUAAAAAACAAGCUAAUAUUUUUGGUUGAAUAUUUUAACAUUUUAAUCAAUGGCAUUUCCUUAGGAUGCUCAUUAGUCUUUAAGUUGUAUUUUUAUCCUCUUAUGUUUGUGUACUAAAUAUAUCUGUUUAUUUUCAUAGGUUUUUCCUGUGAAGCCAUUGUGUUGCAUCCAUGUCUGAAAUGUGCUGUAUAAAUAAAGCUUGAUUUGAACAUA